UACGGACUUUAAACGGACUGUACUGAUCGGUGUCCUUGUUUUGAAGAUUUCGAAGCUAGCUUUGCGGAUAGACUCGACAGAGUGUGUGCAAACGAGUGGAAAGAAUGCUUAGCGUACGUGCAACGAAAUUUCGAAGAAGUUCUGUGCAGAGAACUACCGUGAUGUUGUUAUUGUUGAUAUACUAGAUUGAAUGUGCAAGUGUAUAUGCAAUGAAAUUUCGGAGGAGUUUUGUGUAGUUCUUCCAUAGUGCCCUAAUGUUGUAAAGUACAGUAGAAUCUCGGUUAUCGGAUUUAUUUGGUACCGGUUGUUCACGUAGAGACUCGGGAAGAAAUUCUUCAACGCUUUCAAAAUUCCAAUUGCAUACACUCUAGGGUAUACUUUAAGAAUCCAAAUUAUCGAGUUUGCACGUAGACACUCGAGACUCUGGGUGAUCUAGAUUGCGAGAAAUGGGGACUCGGGUAAUCGAGGUCCUACCAUAAGCGUAUAAUAAAAGGUCGAAGGAGAUGUUUAGUACAGCACAGAACUACCCUAAUGUUAUUUCCGAGGCAGCAGAUUGGAAAAACGAUGACACGAUAUCAGAAGGGAGUGUAACCAUAAACGGCGGAUGUGGGGCUCGAGCAGGUGCACGCUCCUCAGCACGGAUUCUUUGUUUCGCAAGGGCCCGACUCACGAUGCAGAAUCCGAACGUGGACGUUCAAGAGGGACGCAGACUCCGCAGCGUGCGCAGGAGGCUUUUCCAGGACGAUGCGAACGAGAACGAGAACAAUAGGAGUCGGAACACCGGGAUCGAGGACAACAUUGCUAAUUGUUUCUUCGAGGAGGCGAGGAAGAAUCGGGAGAACGCGAAGGAAAGAUGGAACUUCGACUUCGAGAAGGAAGAACCGCUACCCGGCCGGUACGUGUGGGUGAAGCUCGAUCAACACGGAAACGAGAUCGGCAAUCCGCUGGAGACGAGGAAUCGGGUAGAGAAUUUGCAAGUCAUGCAGGAUGAAGACGCGCAGGACGACGACUUCUCGAUGCAAGAACAACCGGAAGACAAAGACGACGAGAAAAUGAGCGACAGCGUGCGGAAGGAAUAACGGAGAACGCCCGCCGCUACCGAGAUUCCCCGCGCGGAAUUCCUCUAUCCGAGGAACACGAGGAAGUCUCUGCAUCUGCGGUCCGCGGGCCGCGUCAAUUGUAAAUAAACACCUAGUCAGAAUGGGCUCGUUGAAGCGCCCGAAGAUCCAUCGAACCAAAGUUAUCUAUUAAAGUUUAAUUCGGCGGAACGCAACGGCACGACCAUUCGCGGGAACAUUGGCAAAUCGAGGUCGGCGUUCCGCUAGGAUCGUGACACUGUAUUAUUUAUACGCGCGUCUCGCGGCGGUCUUACUCAAAUUAAUUUAAUACAGUAUUUAUUGGAGUAGUGUGCAAUACACGUUACGUUAACGAACGAAUGAUAUUACGCGAUGUGAAUAGAUUGUAGUGCGUACACGGCUUUGUACUUUUUAUU